AUGCUAGUAUGUCCUGGAAAGUCAUGCGAUUCUCGAGUUCGUGACUUUGCGAUGAAGUUCGUAAGGGAAAAGAAACAGGAACUAGCUGAUAAAUCGUCUUUGGAAUCUGUUGAUCUUUUAUCCAGGUUUUUGAGCUCGGGCCUCACGGACGAGAAUUUCGCUACGGAUAUUGUCAUCAGCUUUAUACUCGCCGGCCGCGACACGACAUCGGCAGCUUUAACGUGGUUUUUCUGGUUGUUAUCAAAGAACCCUGGAGUUGAAGAAAAGAUUCUCAAAGAAAUCAAAGUGAAAUCCGGUUUGCCGGUGCUCGAGGAAGUUAAAGACAUGGUUGAUACGCAUGCUUGUCUCUGCGAUACAAUGAGACUGUACCCUCCGGUUCCGGUGGACGGCAAGACAGAGGAGGACAACGAUGUUUUGCCAGACGGGACGGUGGUGAAGAAAGGAACGAUAGUGGCGUAUCAUCCUUACGCGAUAGGCAGGAUGGUGAUGAUAUGGGGGUCGGAUUGGGCAGAGUUCAAGCCAGAGCGAUGGUUGCAGAGAGAUGAGGGAGGGAAAUGGAGCUUUGUGGGGAGAGAUCCUUAUACUUAUCCAUAUCCAGUGUUCCAGGCGGGACCCAGAGUUUGUUUGGGAAAUGUGAUGGCGUUUCUGCAGAUGAAAAGGGUGGUGUCUGGCGUUCUACGACGGUUCAAGGUUGUGCCGGCGGUGGAGGAUGGGUUUGAACCAUCGUUUAUUGUUUCUCUGACGUCGAAGAUGAAAGGUGGCUUCCCUGCGAGGAUUGAGGAAAGGAGAGAUCUCAAGCAGCUAAUAAUGCGUCGUGAUUAACGUGCCAGUGAAUUUGGUUUUUCAGUAUUUUGUCUUUACGUACUUUUUGUUCCACUGCCAUUUAUAAAUUAAAAACAUAGGUACGGAUGCAAUAAGCAGAACAACUAUUUUGAAUUAAACAAUUGAAUUUAUAAAUC